CCGAUGGUUUGGGGAGUAUAGCAAUAGACACGACCCAGCUCAACAUGUCUGUGACAGAUCCCACAGCCUGGGCCACAGCCAUGAACAACUUGGGCAUGGUUCCCGUGGGGUUGCCUGGACAGCAGCUUGUGUCUGACUCAAUCUGUGUCCCAGGCUUUGAUCCAAGCCUCAACAUGAUGACUGGAAUCACCCCCAUCAACCCAAUGAUCCCAGGCCUGGGGCUAGUCCCACCACCUCCACCAACCGAGGUGGCUGUGGUCAAAGAAAUCAUCCACUGCAAGAGCUGUACUCUGUUCCCUCAGAAUCCAAAUCUCCCACCUCCGUCCACAAGAGAACGACCUCCUGGGUGCAAGACCGUGUUUGUGGGAGGAUUGCCUGAAAAUGCAACUGAGGAAAUUAUCCAAGAGGUCUUUGAGCAGUGCGGUGACAUCACAGCCAUCCGGAAGAGCAAGAAGAACUUUUGCCACAUCCGCUUUGCAGAGGAAUUCAUGGUGGAUAAAGCCAUUUACCUUUCUGGUUACCGGAUGCGAUUAGGUUCCAGCACCGACAAGAAGGACUCAGGCCGCCUCCAUGUGGACUUUGCGCAGGCCAGGGACGACUUCUAUGAAUGGGAGUGCAAGCAGCGGAUGCGUGCGCGUGAAGAGCGGCACAGGCGCAAGCUGGAGGAGGACCGGCUGCGGCCGCCAUCGCCUCCAGCCAUCAUGCACUACUCAGAGCACGAGGCUGCCCUGCUGGCAGAAAAGCUAAAAGAUGAUAGCAAGUUCUCUGAGGCUAUCACUGUGCUGCUUUCUUGGAUUGAACGCGGGGAGGUCAACCGGCGCUCUGCGAACCAGUUCUAUUCCAUGGUGCAGUCGGCCAACAGCCACGUCCGGCGGCUCAUGAACGAGAAGGCCACCCACGAGCAAGAGAUGGAGGAAGCCAAGGAGAAUUUCAAAAAUGCCUUAACUGGAAUCCUCACUCAAUUUGAGCAGAUUGUGGCCGUUUUCAACGCUUCUACCAGACAAAAAGCUUGGGACCAUUUCUCGAAAGCCCAGCGCAAGAACAUAGACAUUUGGCGAAAGCACUCUGAGGAGCUCCGCAAUGCUCAAAGCGAGCAGCUCAUGGGCAUCCGCCGCGAGGAGGAAAUGGAAAUGUCUGACGAUGAGAACUGUGACAGCCCCACCAAGAAAAUGAGAGUCGACGAAUCAGAGGCUACAGUGGAAGGAUGCCUGGGAGAGCCUACCUCAAGAUCACUACACAGUGUGGCCCUGGCUGCGCAGGCCUACGCUCUGAAAGAAGAGAAUGACAGCCUCCGCUGGCAGCUGGAUGCCUACAGGAACGAGGUGGAGUUGCUGAAGCAAGAGAAAGAACAGCUCUUUCGGACGGAAGACAACCUUACCAAGGAUCAGCAGCUACAGUUCCUGCAGCAAACAAUGCAAGGCAUGCAGCAGCAAUUGCUUACCAUCCAGGAGGAGUUAAACAAUAAGAAGUCAGAACUGGAACAGGCGAAGGAAGAACAGUCACACACACAAGCAUUACUCAAAGUCCUCCAGGAACAAUUGAAAGGUACCAAGGAAUUGGUGGAGACCAAUGGUCACAGUCAUGAAGAUGCAAAUGAAAUGAAUGUUUUGACAGUAGCAUUAGUCAAUCAAGACCGAGAGAAUAAUACUGAGAAAAGAAGCCAAGGCUUAAAAUCUGAGAAAGAAGCUCUGCUAAUAGGCAUCAUCUCAACGUUCCUUCACGUCCAUCCUUUUGGAGCCAACAUAGAGUAUCUCUGGUCAUACAUGCAGCAGCUGGACUCCAAGAUCUCUGCCAACGAAAUUGAAAUGCUCUUGAUGCGGCUGCCACGCAUGUUCAAACAAGAGUUCACAGGUGUCGGGGCCACGCUGGAAAAACGCUGGAAGUUGUGUGCCUUUGAAGGGAUUAAGACUACCUAACUGUGAAGAGCAGGAAAGAAAACAAACAAAACCCCUAUCUCUGAAAACGCAAGUGUGUGGAGGCGGCCGGGGCCACAGGGCCUGAGAACAGGAGGUUUGCGACUGGCCAGUCCAGGGCCUUGGUGGAGCCAUCACAGCCCCGACCUUUCUGACAUCUGUGGCAUCCUCUUGUGAGUGGAAACGUAGUUGUGUAGCAGCUCCUUCAACUCAACCAAGCUUCAUACUGUGACAGAGCUGUCUCCUCUGAAAAUACCAGACAGUGAGUCCACAGGCAUGGUGACAGCACAGUGGUAAAAAUAUACUACCUUUGAGAAUUAGCUCGUCCAGCAAAAUAUCUAAAGUUAAUGAUGGUGUAGCAAUGGUUGUUGCUAGGCUGCAAAGUUGUGUAUGUUAUGUAUAGCCAAAAUCAUUCAAUGACAUUUUCCUGAAAGUCUAUCUUCCUGUUUCAGAAAAAAAAAAAGUAAUUUUACAACAAGGGAAAAAAAUCAUACCAAAAGAAAACUUGAAUAUGUGUCUGAACAGUUAUUGUAUUUUGUAAAUUAAGUUAUAUGUUGUUCCAGGGACUUUUGCCUUAUUGGAGAGGCAGAAAAUAUGAUUGGACUCCUUGAGAAUGCUUUAUCAAGAAUAUUAUUUUUCUAAUGUAACAAUUCUCCAUCAUACGUUCUUUCAACAUGGACUGCAUAACAAUUUUCAUAAAAAUGUACAUAAAGGAAAAAUUAGUGCUACCGUCUUGUACUGUCUUGUAACAUUCAGGUUUAUGCAUCAAAAUAAACAUUCAGUUACUAUUCCUGUUACAAAUUUUAUAGCAAAGAUAUUAAUUUUUUUCAAUAAAUACA